CAACAUGGAGGACACAGCUCUCUGCAUCAGACUGCUGAUGACGGUGUUUCUGCAGCUGGGUGCACACACUCAGAAGGUUGAUGGAGCUUUUUGGAUCAUUCCAACCAGACUGCAACUCUUUGAAUAUGAGUCUGUCUCUUUUAAAUGUGUGGGCUUCGAUGGCUUGACUGGAUGGAACGUUUUAAGGAAUAUCAAAACAGAAAUUUCGACUUGUGGUUUGUCGAAGUGGGGGGUGUCGAACGAGUCGUCCUGCACCAUUAAAGGUGCUUUUCCAGACGACAGCGGGGAGUACUGGUGUGAGUCUGGAGGAGGGAAGAGAAGCAUCUCUGUGCACAUCACUGUCACCGCUGGUUCAGUGAUCCUGGAGAGUCCUGCUCAUCCUGUGAUGGAGGGAGAAGCUGUGAGUCUGAGCUGCAGAAACAAGACAUCUUCUUUCAACCUCCGAGCUGAUUUCUAUAAAUAUGGCCGCCUCGUCAGUAGCAGCUCAACAGGAGAGAUGACCCUCCGCAGUGUUUCAAAGUCUGAUGAAGGACUCUACAUGUGCAGCAUCUCUGGAGUUGGAGAAUCACCAGAGAGCUGGCUCAGUAUCAGAGCAGUUCCUCCAGAGACUUGUUCAUCCUCCGAUGAUGGGUUCCUCAUGUUAAGAAGCGUUCUACCCCUGGUGAUGAUGGCUCCUCUGCUGCUGCUGCUGGGACUACUGCACUGUGGGAGACUCGGAGGGGCUAGAAGAAGAUGUGCUGUGACUGAAUCAAGACGUGAGGAUUCUCAGAAGUCAAAUGAAGACGCUCUGCAAACGACAGUUUUAUUUUGAGCCGUGUCUACAUUUAAUAAUCCACUCUGACCAUAACUCUGACAAACCCUGUGCAGACUGACCACAUCAUCUCUGAACCUCUAUCAGUACACUCUGUGGGGGAGUGGGAGUCUCAC